GCAUAACAUGGAACGCUACUACCAAUAUCUACGGGUGACCAACGCCAUGGACUUCACCUACACCAUCAGAUCGAACGGCAUCACCAUCGAGGAUGACCCCCCUGGUGCCUGGACAGGUCAAUGAUGGCGAUGUCGUGGGAUUUGACCUUGAGUUCCUCAGAACUAAGAGUAAAGUCAGCGCCAAUUGGGACAAGUUUGGUAGCGAUGGCAACGCUGACGAGGUAUCAACUGGAAUAAAAGCAGAGAACCUUGUUAGUGAGGACGAGGAGAAAUCUUCCAACCAAGAAGUCGCUUUCUAUGAGGUGGCCCUUGGAACCGACCGCCGUUUCCCCAAAACACGUGACAACAUUGUGCCGUUUGUCAACGUUGGCCUCAACAAAACUGUGACCUUCUACGACCUUGACCUCACCCCAGUCACGGCAAUAUAUUACUUCACUGUCAGAGCACAUAGCCGUUCCGGGUCCAAGACGGACGUCACGUCCAAUGGCUUCUCUGUUGGCUUUGAUGGAGGCGUGUCAGCUGGCAUCAUCGAUAUGAAGGAAUUUGUCAACACUGAUAACUAUGUAGGUGUACCCUGGGACGGGUUCGAAUCCAAGAUUGGCAUGAUGAUGUACUAUGUCGGUCUCUCCAACAACACGGAGGCGAACAACUACACAUGUGGACAGUUUACAGAAAGAGGCUCCAUCAGUGACGACGAGCGACGAGGAAUCUUCAACGUUGUGGACCUCCAAAAUGUGGGGAAGGACACUUUCAUGGCGUUUGAAAAUCUGUCUCUGGAACAAAAUGGAAUCUACUAUGCUUGGGUUAUUGGUGCUGACAAGGCUGGAGAGUGCAACGUGACAAGUCACAUGUUCCAGGUGGACGUCACACCUCCAGUCAAAGGCAAGAUCAGAACAGGGCCCUAUUAUGACAUGAAACUAAGUUACUCGGCCAGCAGUGAGAGUCUUCAGACCUACUGGACAGGCUUCAGUGAUGAGGACUCGGGCAUCCGAUGCUAUUACGCAGCCCUGCUGAAGAGAGCCUCCUGUGACGAAGACUCGGAGGAAGAAACUGUCGUAGAAUCCAUAGAGAUUGAUGUCAACUACACGUCCUAUAGAUUCAUGGACAUCACUAUACAGGCCAACACGCCUUACUUUGUGCGUCUCGUGGCGGAGAACUUUGCCGGACUCAAGUCGACAUUAGACUCCCCACCAGUCAUGUAUGACAACUCCAUCCCCUCCCCAGGCCUCGUCAUCGACGGGCACGACUUCACUCACGACAUCAGCUGGAGCGGCUCCGCCACCACUGUUACAGGCACCUUCCUACACCACCCUGUGCCCGACGGGUCUCCAUGUCCUGUCAGAAAAAUCAGAUUUGAUGACUCGGAGUGGAUGUACCUGGAGUCUGACCGGAACCAUGACAGCAACAACCGCAGCUUGACCUUGACCUACAGAUCAGCCAACGUCCACCCGGAGUCCGGCAAAGUGGACAUCAAACUGGCCAGAGAUACCAAGACUGACGCCAUGUUUUCUGGAAGCUACUUCAGAGAUGCCGACCUUGUCAAUGGCGGAGAGUAUAAGCUCUCUAUCCGAGCUGCAGCAGGUGACGGUCAAGCGGUCACCACUGUCCUGUUCUGGGACGGCCCAGAUGACUACAUCCUGGACUACGACUACACACCGUCACCGGACUGGACCGAGUCUAUCUGUGCCUGUUGCAGGGUGGAACCUGUGAAUGCAUCUUGCACCUGCAACUGUGAAUCCUACCUACAAGCAGAGAGGUACUACAAGAACAUCAGCAAGAGGUCUGUGGAUCAGGAUGAUCCUGGCUACGAGGUGAAGAAGCUGACGGAGGAUGAAAAGAAGAAGCUGCAAGAGACAGGCUCCAUCACCGACAAGACUGAAAUCGGGAAUCCUAAUCUCCAUCCCAGGAAGGCCUGUGGAGUACAGUUAUUUGCAGGUGCAGCAGCCAAGUUGGUGUCAUGGUGUAGUUACGGGGAUAACCUCAUGGAACCUGUAGCAGCAGUGAGAGACCUCCUACAAGACCCUUCCAGAGAUUACCAUCAGUACAUGGUCAAGUUCACUACUCAGAGAGACGAAGCAAGAAGCUCACAGGUUACCUGGUGCAUGUCAGUCUUCAUGGACGACGAUCUGAUGACGGAGCAGUGUGGAAUACCGCGUCUCUCUCCCGACACCAAACUCUUCCUGGGAGUCUGGAAUCACAAGAACUAUAUUCCUGACACUGAACGAGAUGCGGAAGGACAUCUAAAGGUUUUGAGUGCUACGGCUUCAUUCCGUGACCUAGUGAUGCCUGCCCAGAAGGAGAACCUGUGUCGCUAUGGCAACCCUUUCCAAGGAGGUAACAACGCCAUCGUUCGGUAUGAGGCUGGAAUCGGGUCAGCUUCCGGUCUCUCUGAUGUCGAGCCGUACCAGCAGGUACAUACACCGUGUAUCCCCUGUCUGACUCCCUGUGACGUCUACACAUGUGACGCAUCAUGUGACAGCGCAUCAACAGACCAGGUCAAGAUCACCCUCAACGACCUCAACCUAACAGAAUCGACAGUCGUGGAGGGGGAAGUAGUUCCUGUAAUGUACUACCUCACAGUGAAAGCUGUACUCGGGUCUGGAACAGAGGCGGUAUCGUCAUCUGACGGCUUCAACAUCGACACGUCACCACCACUGUUUGACACCGACGUCAUGCUGUACAUCGACGUCACUCAGGGCAACUUCACCCCUGUGACGUACCAGGGAUCCAACGACACCAUUAAGGCUGUGUGGAAGUGCAAUGACAACGAGAGCGAAAUUGUGAACUACGAGUGGGCGAUAGGCACAGCGCCAGGGGGAGAGGAGUUGCAGACAUUUGUAUCAACUCGGGAGUAUCCUGGAUCUGUGAACUCCGGACUUGGAGGCCUCCUGGAACACAACACGACGUACUACGUGACCGUCAGAUGUACCAACGGGGGUGGGCUGGUCACAACAUACGCUGAUCCCAGAGGUGUGACCGUUCUUCUCGAGCCUCCCAUUGUCGAUGACGUCAACACAACAAUAGUGGGUGCUGAAUCUCUUGGAGAGAAAGUGGUGCCGCCAAACUCCAUGAAAACCACAGACAGACACACCGUCGGUGCUUCCUGGACGGUCUCUGCAGAUGAAAGUGUCAGGCGAUAUGAUUUCUGUGUGGGGAGUUCCGAGGCCAGCAUCGAUGACAUCUUCCCCUGCACCUGGGUCGGCUACAACACGUCGGGGACGGUUACAGUGGCGGAUGGUUACCUCAAAAUUGACGACUACAACAUAUACAUGCUGAGUCAGUACAAGGCCGACUACAACUCCUCGGUGCACGGUACCACAGACAGGUCAGCCUUCACCAUCGCUCCAGGCACAGAGAUGUUCAUCUUCAUGAAGAUGUGUAAUGAGGCUCAACUGUGCACCACCAAGUUGCUGGGCUCUACUAUAGUGGAGACAGACAAGUCCACGAUGGCGACGUCGUCAAAUGGUUCUGCUGUUACUGUAGAUGUUGGUGGUGGUGCCAGAAGAAAAAGGGAUCUUUCAGGAGUAACUGUAUCAACACCAGAUGGACUACAGCCCGGGCAAAGCAUCGUUGUCACUCAGCUCACAAAGCUGGAUCUAGAGACGGAAUACAAGUCUGACGCCUCGGUGGAGUUCGUCCCAUACAUCACUGACCCAUCUAAGUCAACCACAGAAGAUGCCUUCACGGACAGAAUCCUCAGAAAGAGGCUCAGCUACCAGGAAACUGACCUCUCGUUCUCUCUGACCAGCGUUGGUAAUCUGCCCAUGCCAGGACCGGUGAAGGUCACCUUCACUUAUGAUCCCACGGUGACCAAUACAACGUUGAUGCUGCUUCACUGGAAUGUUGAUGCCAGACAGUGGCAACAGAGCAACAAGACCUGUCAACAUGAAACCGACACGGAGGUCAGAGACCAGGCGACCUCUCGGGUCACAGUCAAGCUCUGA